UCUCACUCCAUACAGUUAUCAUCCUUUUUUUCAUUCUGCAAAGUAAAGUAGGAACUCUGGCUUUCAAGUUUAUGCUAACUAGAUCCAUUACCCACCAAGAAAUAACACAAAAAGCAAUUUUACAAACAACAGCAGAAGUCUGUAAGACUCAGGCACUUCAACAAGGAAGAGAUUUUGUCCAGCCAAGCGUACUGACAGUUGAGUCUCUGACAGAAGCUUGCUCAUCUCCUACAUCAGCUAAAGGUUUCCAACAAGCCAUUAAUACAGUUUGUGAUAGUAAUGCCGGGAUUGAUAAGCAUCACAUGUUGGAUGCAGAAUACCACUUUGAUAAUGAGAGUUUUGAGAAGGGCCAGAACCUUAUCAAAUAUGGUGUCACAGCUGUUAAAAAUGCUGCAAAUGAGAAGAACUACGAAAUGGCAAGAGAGCGGUUGGGUGAGAUUAUGCAUACUAUACAGGAUUUCUACAGUCACAGCAACUGGAUAGAACUAGGGAAUCUUUUUCCAUACUCUAACCUGACCAGACCUGAUGGGAAAAUAGAUAAUACUGCAGCUGCAUACGAGGAUACCAUCAGGCUUGAACGCUUCAUCCAGCUCUCCAUCCGCUUCGCCACUCAAUCCAUCAGCACUCCAGAACCAGCCCACGAACCCAUGCAACUGGACACUACUCGAAUGACAGUGACUGAACGGCAGAGACGGCUGACACAGAAUCUGUGUUUAUACUGUGGAUCCCCGAGGCAUAUUCUCUCCAUGUGCCCCAUACGCCCUCCUCGUCAGAUGAAUCAGAUGAAGCCACUCACCACUGUUCUUAACCUCACAACCACGGCGACACCGUCCGCCUAUCAAAUCCACUCAAUAACCGGAAGACUGCUAAGCAAGAGACAGGUUUGCCAUAGUGUCAGCCCACUUCUAUUGCAAAUCGGCAUACUACACAUGGAGAAGAUUCAUCUGCUGGUUCUGGAGGAAUCCACCACUGACGUGAUCCUUGGGCGCCCGUGGUUAGAGCAGCACCACCCAGUCAUCUCCUGGAGAUCAGGCGAAGUCCUGAAGUGGGGCAACAGCUGUUUCCAGGACUGCCUGUCCGAGUUUCCUGUCCCAUCCUCUCCGCUUCCUGAACAGCUUUCUGUCUGCGCCACAUCCAUUGAAAGCCCAAUGGAGAAAUGUAACUUCUUCUGCCCUGAGAGAGCCUCCAAGCUGCCUCCACACUGGCCAUGGGACUGCGCCAUUGAUCUGCUUCCAGGUGCGCCAGUGCCAAAAGGAAGGAUCUAUGCAGUUCCUUGGCAUCCGGAUGAACGGGGGGAUGCUGGAUGCCAUCAGGAACUGGCCAACACCCUCUACCAUCACCAACAACUCCAACGAUUCCUCGGCUUCUCCAACUUCUACCACCACUUCAUCCAAGACUACAGCUCCAUUACCAGUCCCCUUACAAGCCUCCUCCGGAAUAAGCCCAAGUCUUUGUCCUGGACCCCUGCAGCCACGGAAGCAUUCAACAACCUUAAAGAAGCCUUCACUACCGCUCCACUCCUGGUCCAUCCCGACACCAACAGGCCCUUCAUUGUGGAAGUCAAUGCCUCCACCACAGGAGUUGGAGAGGUGCUUUCACAGCAGCAGGGGAACCCCAGCAGACUCCACCCAUGUGCCUUCUUCUCCCGUAAGCUCAACCCGGCGGAGGCCAAUUAUGACAUCGGCAUCUGCGAACUCCAGGCAUUGGCUGGAGGGAGCAAGAAAUCCGUUCUGACAGACCAUAAGAACUUGGAGUCUCGUUGGUACCAUCCGCAGUGGAACGGGCAGACGGAGAGGAAGAUCCAAGAGAUCGGUCACUUCCUCCGUACCUUCUGUCAUGGCCACCAGGACUCUUGGAACCAGUUCCUGGAAUGGGCCGAGUAUACACAAAAUCCCUGCGCUAGCCAUCCACCGGACUCACACCACUGUAGAGCCAGACCUACUUGUAGAAACUGUGAUGAUAACUGUAGUGGCAACAUCCUGAAAGACAUCAUAGAUGAGAAAAAACUGACAUCAGGAUACUUUGGAUUGAAAAAGAAAUCUGGGAAAUGUAGCCAUGGAGGUUUCUUAGACUUUUCAAGUUUAUCAGAACCUAGAGGUGGAAUCAAUAAAGAUACCCACUCAUCCAGCCAUGGUGACCUUCAUGAAGAUGCUGCAAGAGUGGCUAUUGCUGCGACCAGAGAACUACUGGAGGACAUAAGAGGUUUCCUGGGAGACUCUGACUUUUUGAGAUUGAUGGGAUUCUCUCAGAGUUCAGUUCUUUGCUUUGCUAUUGAUACCACAGGCAGCAUGGGUGACGACAUUGAUGAAGUACGACGAGUCACUUUUGACAUCACAGACAGAAUGAGAGACACUGUGUCAGAGUACAUUCUGGUGCCAUUUAAUGACCCUGACUUUGGACCGCUAAUAAGAACAACAGAUCCUGAUGAGUUCAAAUUACAGAUUAAUGCCCUUCAACCCCAUGAUGGAGGAGACGCACCAGAGCUCUGCCUCUCAGGACUCCGGCUGGCUCUGACUGGCUCUCCUCCCCAGACUAAAAUAUAUGUUUUCACUGAUGCUGAUGCAAAGGACAAAGAGUUAAAAAGCACUGUGUUGGCAUUGAUUGAAAGCACAAAGUCUGUAGUGAACUUCAUGCUGACUAAUGGUUUUGCUGCUCGUCGGAGAAGAAGUGUGGAUCUGAAUCAAGGACAGAAUCAGAAUUACUCCACCAGGAUCUCCAAUCCCUUAAAUCAGGUUUAUGAGGAUUUAGCGCUGGCCUCUGGAGGGCAGGCGAUUGAAGUUACCAAAGCAACACUUCCUCACGCCACCAGAAUAAUAGUGGAUGCCUCCACAUCUUCUCUAGUAACUGUUUUCCAAGCGGUAAGGAACCCAGGAAAAGAAGAAUCCUUCUCUUUCAUUGUGGACGAUUCACUGAAAAAUAUGACCAUCUAUAUUACAGGCACUUCUCUAGUGUUCAACAUCACAAGCCCAUCAGGUGAUUCUCAGACCAAUGAAGAAUUAAAUGGAACACUAGGGUUGGUUGAGCAUGUUGGCAACUUUUACUCAGUGCGUCUGACUAUACUUGAUCAAGUAGGCCUUUGGAACAUCAACAUUGCCUCUUUACAGCCCUACACCAUCAAAGUGCUUGGCCAAAGUGACAUUGACUUCCUCUUCAACUUCGUGGAGCUAAGUGAAGGUGCUCAUUCAGGCUACAGUGUAUUGAGUGGCAGACUCCCAGAAAACCGUAAUGUUACACUGUUGCUCACCAUCAUGGGUGGGGACACUGUUACCCCAACAGAGGUGGCUCUUGUGAAAUCAUCAGAUUCCCAGACUAUUAAUGGAACUCUAGAAAAACUUGCAGAUGGGAAAUUCUUAGUCACAAUGAACAGUGUCCCAGCAGGAGAAUUUGUUGUCCGUGUGAUAGGGGAGAGGAGUUCUUCACGUGCAUCAAAUGGUCGCUUUCAGAGGCAGUCCAUCACUCAACAAAGAGCUUCAAGUCUGGUUAUUACUGCUUGGACAGAUGAGGUGUGGGAGCCUGGGAAGACCCUGAGCAUCCCUUUCACAGUGGUGAACAACAGCUCUGAUGUACUCUUAAAUAUUAAUGCCAGGAAUGACCGUGGGUUUGCCACGGUAUUUCCCAGCAGCUUGUACGUUGGAAGUGGGAAUAGUGGAAAUAGCGCAGUAAAUAUCACUGCACCCCCAAACACUCCUUCAGGCACUCAAGUGACUCUCACCAUUGAGGCAGAAACAUCAGGAAAAAGUGAUUUCAACUAUGCUGUUCUUAAGCUUACAGUUGUUUCUCCGAUUACAGACUUCACUUCUCCAGUCUGUGAGAUUGUUAGCGUAAAUGCUAACUGCUCUGGCAACUGUAGCCUGUCAUCCUGGGAGCUCUCAGCCAACCUCACCGAUGGAAAUGGGACAGGUAUCAUGUCCCUGAUUCUGCGUCAGGGCCUUGGAACCCUCAACACUACAACCACAAUCGGAGGAGAAGGUGUAAACGUCACUCUAGCAUCCUACAGUGCCUCUUGUUGUUCUGAAGUAAUGGAACUGGUUGCUGUAGAUGGAGCUGGCAAUGUUGGCACAUGCUUAAAGUCAAUAACAUCUGCUGUUACCACCACAUCCAACACCUUCAUGUCUACCACUUCUACAACAAACAGCAUGACUACAGCUACAGCUACAACUACAGCUACGACAACAGUAACGAUGACUUCCACUCCCUCCACUAAUGCCACACCCGACAGUGAUGGAUGCCCUUUUGAUCCACCUAUCAGUUUUUGGCUUAGUGUAGGAGCCUUUCUGCUUUUCCAUGUGUUAUGCUUCUAACCUUUUUAUACUACAUGCAUUCACACU